AUGAGUUACUUUGAAGAUGGCAUUAAGAUUUACGUCAAUGAUUGGUCAAAAUUAUUAAUCACCAAUGUUAUGAUGAACAGUGGAUUGUCAUCUUCUCAGUUACAAUCUCAACUUCCUUCUUUUAUUAAUUCUCCAAAGGCAAAAGGUACGAAAUUGCCAAUCGAAGAGGCAUUUCAGAUGUUCGAAUCGUACGAUCAGGAGCGUGCAAAGAUGGAAAUUGAGUCAACUCAGUCAAUUAUCUUCCAAAUUUAUCCAAACAAACUUUUCUCAAAAAUAUUCAUCGAUAUGAUGUUUACCACGCAUGCAGUGUUUUCAAUAUUCGAGAUUGACGACCCUAACGAGAAAAAACCUAACGCAUUACACACAGAUGCAAUUAUUGCUGAAGAACAUCUCACAAAUUUGCAAACUUUCGAAUGCUCCGUUUUCAUAUUUUUAUCCAAGUUCUUUUUAAAAGCAGCGAAAUGCGCAAACCACGAUUUCAGUGAAUUUGAACAAAAUGUCAUUCAAAGAAUCUUUAAAUUCAUGAAUCAUAACGAGCCCAAUACCGUCAGACGCUCAGCAGGCGAAAUUCUUGCUGCAAUGUCCGCUCUUCCAAAACUUUGCCAAAUUAUCUGUGAAGUUUUCUGGAACCAAUUCGGAACAUGCAAGAAGGAAAUAGAGUUCAGAAACUUCGCUACAUGGGUUGAUGGCGUCGUAAAUCUCAAUUUUUCAUUCCAUCCAGUAGAAGUUGCAGAAUUAUCGCUACAGUUUCUGAGAACGUUCAUAACUAUGUCGAAAAAGAUCGAUAGAGGCGUUUUACGAAUGAAAUUCCUUGAUGCUUUGCUUGGAAUCAUUAAGAAAUUAGUUAUUGAUUCGAAAGAUCACAUUAGGGACGAUUUCAAAGCACUUGUUGUUGAGAUAUGGGGUGUAGUUAUCAAAUGGUCUACGAAAGGAAAGCAUACAGUGUUCUGUUACCUGUUUUUGUGCAAUUUAAUUUCGGUUUGUCCAUUUCUUUACCAAGAAAACGCAUAUAACUUCGCACAACUGCUUGCUAAGCUCGUUAAGAAGGGAGAUAAGGACAUUCUGGAGCUCCUUUCCCUGUUUUUCAACUCAAUUCCGAAAGAAAUUUCGGAUGAAUCCGUCAAAGACCUUUUCUUUGAGGUUUUCAUACCGAAUAUAGUUGGUUCCAACGAUAAAAAACGUGUCAUUCGCUUCGAACUUGAAGAACAACACAAUUUGAUCGUAGAUUUCUUCAAAUCCGUGGGAGAUAGGUCGUUAAAUGUGUACUUGGACUUCAUGAAUGGCAUUCUAAGUGUUGACAAACCAGCAGAAGAGCAUAAAUACGUCAGAUUACUCACACUCAAGGCACUUUCUAUGAUGAAAUGCUUCAAAACAUAUACAACCAGUAUAAAUAAAUUGUCCGAAUACUUUAUCCCCCUUUUAAAUGAAAACGGACCCGAAAUUCCUUACAUUUUGUCCGUAUUUCCAAUGAUUAAGCCAAAUGAUCAGAACCAGUUGAAGGAAAUGGUCCAUAUAAUCUAUACAAAGAUAAAUACAGAGGAAGGAAAGGCCGCAAUUUCAAGAUUUAUCCAAUAUUGCGUUUCUCCAACGAAAAACUUUGAUUUGGCAGUGACAUUCUUAAAGGGAACCCUCAAUAACCCACUAAUUCUCAUGGAAUUUGGUACUUCUUUUGCUUCUGCGAUGCAAGUUUCGAAUAAUUUGCCAAAUUUGUUGACGGAGAACUCAGAAGAGGCCAAAAUAUGGCUUGACUUCAGAGUCUCACUCGAUGCAGCGUUGUUGAAGCUAAUAAUCAACGGAAAUAACGAUGCAAUAAAUUGUUCAAUUGUUUUUGCAGACGAAUCCAUCCACAGACUCGACAAAGAAGCAAUUGGUGAUAAUAACGUUGUUACUUUGUCCCAAAUCGUUAAAAAUCGCGAUCCAAACGCAGAUAUUUCUCUGGAAUCCACCAAAAUCGUUCAGGCCUGUGAGAAAUAUGCCAUACGAUUAUUUAACGAUAAAAUUCCCACUCAAAUGCCCGACGAAGGUGGUCCUAAGUGUUUAGAGUUCAAAUUAGCACUUGCCAUCGAAGCAAAUGACUACAGCAGGGCCUAUAUAACAUCAGUAAUGAAGCUGGUGUCCGAUGACCCUUCUUUCGCCAUUUGUUUCACGAAUUUUCCUUAUCAACAGUGGUUAUUCCUUCUAAAAACGAAAGGACAGCUACAGACAAGCGAGCACUGGCCCAGUUUCGUCAAUGUUCUAUACAGAAUCUCUCAACAGCCGAAUUUUCCAAAAAUUUUAUCCGAAAACUACGAAUUAGCCCAAAUUUUGACUCCUAUUCUCCACAAAUGGGCGAAGAAAAAGAAGAACGACUCCGUAUUAGACGAAAGAGCCUUCAAUUUCCUCAAUCAGUACGCAUUAGGUGGAUCUCGUGCUUUAAUGUGUCUCCACGAAGGCCAUCUUGACAAUUUCAUAUCGUAUCUACUGAACAAAUCCAAGGGAGCCACAGAAACAACGAUCGUAGCGAUGUUGGACUGUUUAUCUACGCUUUUAUCGAAAUCUACCUUAGAAAGGACAGAUUCAUUCCUAUCGUUUGGUAAAUGGCUUUCGACACUAGCGCAGGAAAACAAGCACAUAAAUCUCAUCCAGUCGAGAAUUAUCUCAUUAUUAACUUCGACUGUAUCGCGCGACCCCCGUAUGCUUCGGGAAGUGUUCAGGGCCUCAUUAAACUCCGAAAACCCGGCGAAUUACGUAGUUGCGAUUUCGAAUAUUUUGAGUAUGGAGAAUUUUGAUGAUAUUUACUCGGGCGGAAGGUCAGUAAUACUCGCAACUAUUGUCUCUCAUAUAGAUUCCGACGACGAACACUCAAGACAAGCAGUUUUGAAAAUAAUAUAUCAGUGUCAUUCGAAGAAAUUCUUCAAAUCAGAGAGUUUCUCGUCUGACAUUGUGAUAACUAGCUUGUCACCGUCAGGAUACGUACUUCAGUCGAAGAAUUUCAUAAAUUAUUUGUCAUUAAAUGCGAGUGACAUUGAUUUAAAGGGCUGUAUCAUGCUUAUUGCCGAAGAUUUCGCAUAUUUCGAGGAGCAGCAGGAGCGAAUCAUCCCUAACAUGACUCCAUUAGUUAAGAGAAUGGCUCAUGACUCGGGAACACUGAUCAAUCUGCUUAACAUGACAACGAAAGUUAGGCAGGAUUCAUCAAGCAUCGCAACUGCAAUGAAGAAACUCUGGAACGACUACUUCUUGGUAUCAAAUGAGUAUUAUCUGGCCCGACAAGUUUUUCAAUACGCUCUUAACUUCCCUCAGAACUCACCAGAAGUUGUUGCGAGCUGCCACGUCCUUGCUGAUGUCUUCAUUGUCAAGCCAAAGGACGUUUCUGAUGUUUUAAUUCCUGUUCUCUCGAAAUACGAAAGAAAAAGUCCGAAAUCUUUCGAAGAAUUUAGGAAUUACAUACAGAAAAGUGAUGUAAAAUUUGAUAUCACCACCAAAGAAGUUGUUGCAAGUAAUACGAUGUCAGAAAUUUUGUUACAAUUAGAUAACCAAGAAAUUUUUGAAAAGUUUAUUUUGUCAAAUUUGACAAGUUUGACAUUUUUUGCCAUAAUUGAGUACCAUACAGAAAAUUUAGUAUUAGAUGGUUUCUAUCCCUUGUUAGAUGCAAUCAUUGAUGUGUCUCUUUUACGAUUAGGAUCGAGUAACUUCACAGAGAACAUUACGAACUUGCAAAAGAACAAUUUGAUGAAAAGUGCCGCAUCUUUGGUCGAACAAAACACAUUGAUACUCAGUAACCCUGUGAAACAAAUGCUAUGUUACGAUCACACGGCGGUUUUGACGAUAGCAAUUCUGAUGAAACAAAUUUUGCCAAAAUUUCCAGAAGAAAUUUUCGAAAUCGUUUUCGCAAACGCUGUCAGAUCAGCAAAAAGUGACAGAUCAAUGGAACCGAUGGUUAUGAUGAUGGCCUUAUCAGAGUUAUUGAAUACAAGAACUUUUUUUCUUUUGUUGAUUUAUGCUUUGUAUUGUUUGAAUGAAAAAAGAUUUGAGAUGUUGGAUCCAAUAAUUGAUGUUUUGUCAGAAAGACUGACAAACAGUGAUUUACAGACAGAUUUAUUUGAAAAAGAAGUUGUUGCGGUAUUAUGUACUUUAAUUUGUAUAUUAAGUUGUGAUUUGAAGAAGUCGUUUUUAGUUAAUACAGUUAAAACAGGAAUUAAAUUGAUUUCAAAAGUUGUUGAGAGAAAAAUAUCAAUAAAAGAACAGAUUUCAAUGUUCAUUGAAAAAUUUGGUGGUGAAGAAUAUAUUUGUUCUUUAAUCCUUCCUUUCAUUGUUGAAAGUGAUUCUUUUAAUGAUGAAUCUGUUGUUGUUUCCUGUCACUUUUUACUUUGUUUGUCAGAAAUUUUGGGAGAUGACGGUUAUUGUUCGUUAUUUGGCAGAUUAAUUGAUGCUACGCGGUAUUACUUAAGUGUUCAAGGCCAAUGCGAUAUCAAAGUAUUCCAGAAUGAUAUGAAAACAGCGAAAGAAUAUAUAGAAAUGAUGAUUUCUCAAUAUCCUGACAAAACAAACUUCAUUGUUUAUUAUUCUUUGAAUUUAGUGACUGCGUUUAAUGCUAAUGAUUUGUACAUGGAAUUCGUGUCUGCAGAGUUUCUCUGUCAUUCAAUUGAAAAAGGAAAACCGAAAUUGUCAGAAAAUGCCGUCAAAGAUAUUUCUUUUUAUUUGUUCAAUUUGCCGCUGAACGGAAACAAAGAUUUGACAAGAAUUGCAACAAAAGCAUUGUAUAAUUUGAUUUCUUUGUAUCCAGACACGAAACUUGAUUUGGAUAUUUCAUCAAAAACUCCAAAGUUUUCCAUGAAAAAGAGAAAAGUAAUUGGAGGUUGGAAAUUGACGGAAUUUAAUACAAUUGAUAAGAAAUUAUUGCCAAUUUUGGAUAUGUUUGACACAGAGUUUCCUGAAGGUAUCAUUGAAGGAAUGAAUAAAUUCUUAAUUAACACGAAAUUGCCUGAUUUGACUGAAAAUGAAAAAGAAAGUUAUGAACCAGAUUUCACAGUAAAAAGUGAAAAUCAAAAUGAAGAAGAAAUUCCACAGGAAGAAGAAACAUUCCACCUCAAAUCACAGAAAGGAAAUGACUCUCAGAACUUUGUGUUCGAACCUCCUCCAAUUGAUUCUUCGAAUGUUUAUGAAAAUGAUGAAGAAGAAUCAUCUGAAAUUUCUGAUUACUCUGACAUGGAAUCGAUAAAGAAAACCGCAAUGUCUUUCAUGCCUCAGCAAAGUAGUGUGAAUUCCCAGAUUCCUACUGUUAUUGUGCCUCCAAUUGUUCCUCCAAGUCAAGAAGAGGAUGAUGACGAAUCUUCAAGUAGUUUAGUACUUUCUUCGGAUUCUGAAGAUGUAAUAUUUACUUAG